AUGAAAUAAAUUAUAUUUUUUAUAUUCUUAAUCCUAAUAUGUAGUUGCUAAUAAUAAGAUAGUGAGUCAGAUUUAUUUAUAACAACUUAACAAAUUAAAUUAAAAAAAAUUGGUUUAGGAUUGAUGAGGAAUACCGAGGGUAUACCUUAAAAUUUAGAUAAUAAUAAUUUUAAUCAAAAUGAGAAUGAUGUGAUUUGGAGCCAAGAUCUAAAUGAAAUAUUAUGA